AUGAAGAACACCACAGAGGCGAGUGCGUUCAUCCUGCUGGGACUCACCAGCACCCCAGAGCUGCAGCUGCCCCUCUUCACUGUGUUCCUGCUCGUCUACCUCCUCACUCUGGUUGGGAACCUGGGGAUGACCUUGGUGAUCCUGCUGGACCCCCGGCUGCACACCCCCAUGUACUUCUUCCUCAGCAGCCUGUCCCUGGUGGACUUCGGCUACUCUUCAACGAUCACCCCAAAGGUUUUGGCUGGUUUGCUCACUGGCGACAAACUUAUCUUACACUAUGCCUGUGCUGCUCAGAUGUUCUUCUUCAUACUCUUUGCAACUUUGCAACCGGACAAUUACCUCCUGGCAGUCAUGGCCUUUGAUCGCUUUGCAGCCGUGUGUAAGCCCCUGAACUACCCUGUGAUCAUGACAAGGAAGAUGUGUGCCCAUCUGGCCUUCACCUGUUACACCUCUGGUUUUCUGACUGCUGUUGUUGAGGUUGCAGACACCUUCUGCCUCCCUUUCUGUGCGACCAAUGUGGUCCAUCACUUCUUCUGUGAUAUUCCAGCAGUCAUGACUCUGGCUUGUUCUGAUAAACACAUUAAUGAGCUCAUUCUUCUUUCCAUUGCAAGCUUUCAUCUUAUAUUUGGACUGACUGUUAUUUUAGUUUCCUAUCUGCUUAUAUUCACCACAAUUUCAAAGAUGCACUCAGGUGAGGGAUACAAGAAGGCUCUGUCCACCUGCGUCUCUCACCUCACUGCCGUCUCCAUCUUCUACGGGACUCUCAUCUUCAUGUACCUGCAGCCCAGCUCCAGUCACUCCAUGGACACAGACAAGAUGGCGUCCGUGUUCUACACCAUGGUGAUCCCCAUGCUGAACCCACUGGUCUACAGCCUGAGGAACAAGGAGGUCAAGGGUGCAUUCAAGAAAGUUAUUGCACAGAUAAAAUUGUCUUUAGCAUUUUGA